AUGUCUGACGCUGUUGUUGCCCCUGCUCCCGUCGAGGAGGUCAAGCCCACCGAAGUUCCUGCCUCCGAAGCCGCCCCCGCCGCUGAGCCUGCGGCCGAGCCCGCCGCUGCCACCGAGGAGACGACGGAAGAGCCCAAGGUCGAGGAGGCUGCUCCCAUUGAAGCACCUGCUACCGAGGCCGCGUCCGCGGCCGAGGCUGCUGGCGACGCGCCUGCCGCCGAGGAGGCCAAGCCUGCUGAACCUGCCGCAACUGAGACAAAGAAGGAGGACCGACCCAAGAGCCCUAGCCUCUUGGCAAAGCUCCUCGCCCCCUUCAAGCAAGAAAAGAAGGCUGAGAAAAAAGCUGAGAAGAAGCCCAAGGAGAAGUCUGUGAAGAAGACUGAGAAGAAAGAGGAGGCUGCUGCUGCUCCCGCCACUGAGGAGGCACCCAAAGAGGCGCAGCCUGAGGAGGCACCGGCUGCCGAGGCACCCAAGGAAGACGAGGCUUCCGCCCCCGAUGCCGCUGCCGAGCCUGUGAAAGAGACUGAAACUGCGCCUGCUGCAGAAGAGCCCGCCGCUGGGACUGCAUCGACUGAGCCUGCUGCCGUUGAGGCAUCGAAAGAGGAAAAGAAGGAGGAGAAGCCCAAGUCUCCCAAAGAGGAGGAGAAGCCCAAGUCUCCCAAAGUCAAUCGUCGUCUGUCUGCUCGCGUUGGCGAGUUCUUCAAGGCGAGGCCGAAGGCGGAGCACAACACUCCCCCCCAGGUCGAGGAGAAUCCCCCUGUGAUCGAGGAAUCUGAGCCCAUCGCUCCUCUCGAGAAUCCUGCUGCCGAGGAGGCUGCUGAAUCAACCCCGGCACCCGUUGAGGAGCCCAAGAUUGAGGCGCCACCCGCCGCUCCCGUUGUCGCUGCCGCCGCAUAG